GGCUUGCAGUUUAGACAAUAUGUCGAAUAUGUUUGUGCGUUUCGUGCGCUAAUUUCGUUUGAUUUCGAUAGAAACAGAGAAUUGUUGCAAGAAACACGUGCACAGUGAUCUUGGAUUCACAUUUUAAGUCACAAAAUGCAUUGACGCCAAAAUCGAUGGCUAAAUCAUGCGUCUCUUAAUGAUUUAGAUAUACGAAUUACGCGAUAGAUAAAACUUAGAUAGACAUUAAAACUUUAUCAAUGGCAGAGGAAGAAAGAGGGCCUCUUUCAGAAAAAGAUGACACCCAAUCAAAUGAUACCACCCAAUCAAAAGAUGCUUAUGUACCAGAAGAACCAACUCCAGAUACCUCAAUUUGCUUGUCAGACAUACAAAUGCCAGAAACACCAGAGAGUACCAAAGGGCAAAUAAGCGAUGGAGAUACAUCAAGAUUAGAGAGCCCAAAGACGCUGAAACCAGUGCUUGGAAAAAUUCAAGCAAAAAAACGAUUAAUGGCAUUUGCUAAUCAGUUUAAAGUAUUAUCCAAGUCCCAAAUUAAAUCAAAUUUGCAGCAUUCUACUGGAGCUUUAAAAAUAAAAGAUAAAACAGUACAAGAUGAUACAAACACAAAUAAAUCACGGAAAAAAACAGAAGAAAAGAUUUUAGCCAUUGAAGAAAUUCGAAGAGAAGAAUCUAAAAGUAAAAUGUUAGCCAUGGCAUUCAUGGCAGCAGCAAGUAUGGAAAACGAAAAUCAUACUGGCAAAAAUACAUCUGAUUUAUUGGCGAGUAAAAGACAUGCAAAAGUAAAGAGCAGACAUGAAGGAAUAAACGACUUUCGCAAAAAUAGAUCAACAAUACACCGAAAAUAUUCAGAAAGGCAUCGACAUCGUGAUAAAACUGAUAGGAAUAGUUCGAAUCGUGAAGUAAAAGAUCGAAAUGAAAGUACUGAACGUUCUAUGCAAAAAUCUCAAGAUAAAGAAAUACAUAAGAAAGAUAAAAAAAGAAAAGAUGAGAGAGAUAGACGAGACGAUAACAAGGUGGAUACAAGUCGUGAUAAGAAAGAGGAAGAAAAGGAUAGGAAAGAAAAUGAAAAAGAGAAACGAGAGGAGAUGAGAGAAAGAAGAGAAGGAACAAAAAAUAAGAAAGAGAAUAUAAAAGACAAACGAAAUGAUAUAUUAGAAAUGGAAACAGAAGAUAAGGACAAAAAGGAAAAAGAUAAAGAUAAAUGGAAGGAAAAAGAAUUAUUGAAGUGUAACUCAUGGAUAGAAUUACAAAAAUCUGGUUUAACUCUUGAUGACAUUGGUCAUCUUAGAAGACGCGAUAAUACAGAACGAUUUAUAAGAAAUAGAACAGCACAAGAUUAUGCACGUCAUCUCGAACAUAUGUUAAUGUUGAACAAUUAUCAUUUGAAACGUCAAGCAUUAAUAGCUGAAGGACUUGAUGGCCCUAAAAAGUAUCCACCUGAAUCAAUUAAAACGACAAAACGAGCAAAGGGAGCUCAGUUAUUGUAUUGUGAAAAUCCACGCACGUCCCUUUUUUUAUGCAUUUCGCAACUUCUGCAAGCUGUGUCUCCUGAACGUCGCGAAAAAAUACGAGACAUAUGCGAGGCGUCUUCAUCACGAUGUGAUACAGAAGAUACAGCGCCACAAAAGCGUAAUUGGUAUCAGCAAAUAAAUGCAAUCAAGUAUCAGGAUACUAAGUGCCAAGUAACAGUACAACUUCCUAGAUCAAAGUGGGACAGCGAAGAUGAAGAAACAACAUCUGUCAGUGCAACGAAAGAAGAGAUUAAAAAACCAAUAAAUAAAUUACACAUUUCCGUGGCUCAACAAGACAGAUGUUCUACAUCCUCCAGCACAACUGAUGAAGAUAAGAUUGAUAAUAAAGCCGAAGACACUAAAGUAGAUAAUGAAUCCAGUGAAAAGACAAUCGACAAUACAACAACAAAUGAUGAAGCUUCAAAAUCGCCUUUGCUACAAUCUACUGGAGAUGAAAAGCUAGUUUCAGAAUAUGAACAAUUCAUGAAGAUGGUAUGCACUGUAACUGAUGUAACUAAGGAAUAUUUGCCAAAAAAAAAUCCUGUUAAAACUACUUCCCCACAUAGUUAUCAUGAAUUCAAUAUAGAAUCUAACUUGGCAGAAGAUAAUACAGACAUUGAAAUACCAUUGAAAGAGAAAAAAGACAAACUGCAAACUUUAGAAGGAUCAAUAAAGAGUAUAGAAUGUGAAGAGUCCACUAUAUCCACAGAUUGUCAAAUACAGAUUGAAAAUAUGCAAAUUGAGCAUACAAAUAGCAACGACGAAUCUGAAGAUUCUAAAUCAAUACCCAGUGAUUGGGAAAACGUUAGAAUCAAAGUUGAACGUUUAAGCGACGAGAACACUGAAUCAAGAGAAAUUAAGAAAAAGAAAAAAAAAAAAGUAUCUAGCAGUGAUUCGUCUAGUAGUACUAGCUCCUCAGAUUCGGAUAAAGAAAAGAAAAGAAAGAAACGCAAACGGAAAAUAUUGAAUAAUUCGUCUUCCUCAGACUCCGAUAGCACAGACAGUAGUAGCAGUAGUAGCAGCUCCAGUAGCUCGGACGAAAAAAGAAAAAGAAGACGGAAAAAGAAAACAGUUGGAAAGAAAAGAAAGAAAGCCAGACGCGCUGUGCGAACAAAGAAAAAGCGAAGGAGGAAGAUGAGCACUGAUUCCAGUAGCAGUGAUUCAGAUGAACGGAAGAAAAAGAAGAAGAUUAAAAAGAAGCUAAAGGAAGCACAAUCUAUUAAUAAUGGGGAUAUAAGCAAAAUAAUAUCUAAGUCUGCUGUAAUAGAUUCACCUUCAGACGAGAUAAAAGUAUUACAUUCAGGAACUUCAAUAAAGAAGAUUAAAGAAGAAGCUAAAGAUAAAAAAAGAACUGAUCAAAUCACAUCAAUAAGAAAAACUAUUACUAGUAUGAGUGUACAUGAUAAUGAAUGCAUCAAACAAUGGGAAGUAGAUUCUAUGAUUACACUGCAGCCAAAUGAUAGUGAGUCAAGUCGAGAUCAUAUUGGUGAAUUGGAAAAGAUGGAUGGAUCUGAAAAAAGUACACAUCGAAAGAAAAGAAAGCGUAGUCGAGAUAAUAUGCAAGACAAAGAAAAGUCAUCUAAAAUCAAUGAAGAAAGAAUUUAUCAAGGAAAAGAAAGAUCAGAUGAGGAACUUGAGAUGAAAAAAAAGAAAAAAAGGGAGAAAGAUGUUAGAAGCAGCACUGAGUUUCUUGCAGACUGGGAAAGGGAAGGUGAGCGUAUUAAUCAACAAAUAAUACAAAACGAAGUUAAAUUUUCAAAAAAAUUGGAAAAAAGACACAAAAAGGAAAAAUGGGGAGAAACAUAUUUUGAUACAUUGAAUGUGCCAUCUUUGACACAGCUUGAAAAAGAGGUAUGCCAAAAACAACUCUUAGCUGAUGAGUGGGAAGUGGAUAGCUUGGAAGCAAUAUCAAUAGCAGAUCUGAGUGUGAACAAACGCAAAAGCAAUCAGAGUGUAUUAAAGAAGAUAGAAAAAGAAGUUAGAUAUGAUGAAAAAACAGAUACUUAUAUUGCAAUAGAAAAGGAAAGUGCGAAAGAAAUGAAAAAAAGACAGGAACGUUUGUACGCAAUAAGAAUAUGGGAAGAGGAACAAGAGGAAGGUGAAAAAGAAGAGUUGAUGCUCUUGAAGCAGAAGAAUAAGCAUAAAAAAGACGAUUGGGAUAUAGAAGAGGAAUCAUUUUUAUGUAAGAAUAAUGAAGAAAUUUGUAAAUCUAACGACAUUGUCGGGAUAGAAAAAGAAUGGAUUAAACCAAAUGAAGAUACAAGUGUUAAGGAAGAUUCAAAUAAGUUGGAAAUAAAACUUGAAUCAAUUGGUUCUAAGCGAAUUAGAAAGAGUCGUUGGGAUAUGGGCUCGCAUUCCGAAGAGAAAUCAGAAACUAAAGAUAUAUGGGAGGAAGAUUAUCCAGAAUGGUCCAAAAUUAAUAAAUGUGAACAAAAAAAUGAAGAAACAGAAAAAGGAGAUUUAUGUGCUGCAAUUUAUUCAGAAAAUUCAGGUAAAUCUGAUCUGAUAGAUUUUUAUCAUAAAAAAUCGCAAAAUAGAGAAUCACUAGAAAGAGCUUGGACAUCGGAAGAAAUGGCAACUAAACCUGUACAAACAAAGAAAGUAGAAGACACAUUAGUGAAAACUUUAAUUUCUGCGAAAACAAAUGAUGAGCAGAUUGCAUCUUCCAAGGAGCAUCAAUUUAAAGAAAUUUUGGAUUUGAAUGCAAAAUUUAAAGAGAAAACCAUAGAAUUAUAUAGUCCUAGCUCUCCAGCACUUUCUCAAAAAUCUCAGGACAUAGAAGGAUCUAAUGACAGCUGUAAUUCUACUUCUUUGCCUUGUAAGAAAAAGAGAAAAGAAAUGUUGGUUGAAACAAAAGAACUAUCAAUUCCUUCUGAUGGUAUACCAUUACAAUUAACAAAACUACGUGAUACAAAACAUGAAGCAAAUGAAAAGAUUGAAGACAUUUUAGACAAAGUACAAUUGGAUGAUAAAAACUCUGCUCAAAAAUUUGACAUUAAAAAAACUGAUGAUUUGUUUGACGAUUUAUCGAUAAAUGAACUGUGUCCAAAAGCGCAUAAUUCUCAAUCAAUAUGUAUGGAUAUUUUUGCCGAAUAUAAAUCAGAAGGAUCACAUAAUAAACAACGUAUUAUAAAUUCCAACGUAAGUUCGACAACACAUACAAAAGAUGAUGAAACGAAUGCAGAAAAAACCGCACUUAAACUUAUUCCUAAACAGCUUCUGAUACGACGUUCUAACGAACAAGUAAAGCCGAUGAAACGUAUCCUAGAAACACCGUUACAGGAUCCUGUUCAGCAUGCGGCGGCACUAUUGACGAUACAAAAAAAAUUACUAGAAUCACACAUAUUAGAAAAUGAUAUUCAAAAAUCACCGAAUGAAGAACCAGCAAAUCAAUUUAAAUCGACGUAUAAUGCGGAAAAUAAUAGCAAAGUCGAUAAAUUAUUAGACACGACUGAAUUUGCUGUGGCCUCCAAGUCAUCGGUAAUAGCACGACAAUCUCCAGCUUCGGAAAAGGUGAUUUCCAUUCGAUCUGGACAGUCUGAAAAUUACAAUAACAAAGAAAGUAAGAAUGACGUAAAAAAAUAUAAAACAAAUCGAAAUCUUAGUGAUAUUAACGUCCCAUCGGGUGCACGAUCUCCCGUUAGAGAACAUAGAAAAAAAAGUCCUGGUAAGAAAGAGAGCGAGAAACGAUAUUCGCAUGAUUACAGUAAAGAUAAAAAAGAAAAAAGAUCUGAUGAUGGAGAAAAAUCCGACAGAAGGGACAAUAAAAAUUUCAAAACGGACUUUGCCGAUGAUCGAAGAAAAUCGAGUCCUUCAGGACGAGGAAAGAGAAAAAGAAGCGGAAGUCCAUAUGCCUCGUGGGAACGACAAGGAAGCGGUAGUAGAAGUCCCGGUCACAGUUGGAGCAGAAGUCGUAGCAAGAGUCCGAAGAGGAAAGACGAAGCUACUACCAGUAUGCGAGAUAGAGAUAGAGAUAAGAGAAGAGAGAGAUAUGACGACGAACGAUCAAAUAGAUCACGAACAGAUGAAAGAAGAGAAAGAUAUAUGCGAUCUUCACCGCGCUCCUAUAAUGAAGAUAAUUUCAAGAAGCAUGGCUCAUCCUCUAAAGGUAAUCGUGAAGAUUGGGGUAGAAGGAGAUAUGAUAGUGUAGAUCGUGAGAAAGAUGUUAGAUCUUAUGAUCCAAUGGAGUUGUUGAGAGAGAGAACGAUGGAAUCUGAGAAAUAUAGAGAUAACAGAUUUCACACAGAAGAAUUAGAUCAUACAUUUUGGCAGUAUGAAAACAGCAAUAUCUUGCGAGAUGGCAAUGAAUCUAUGGAUUCUUAUGCCACUGGACAAGAUUUGCCUGCCGAGUACGAAGAUCGAGCGUAUUACAGAGAAGAAAGUCUGGAAAGGAAUUUGAUACAGUGUUCGCCUCAACCACUAUCAAAAUAUAGGAGAAGCCAAGGUAGAUCGAGCGCAAGAAGGGAUUGGCAAUGGGAAAAAGAUAAAGGCUCCAUUUCGGAUUUGGAUCGUCAUGGACAUAGAUUACGAAAUCGUACACCACCGCGAUCGAGAUAUUCACCAAAGCGACAGGAACGAUUCCGACGAAAAUCCAAAUCACGUUCAAGAUCUUGGUCACAGUCUAGAUCGCGGACACGAUCUAGAUCACGGACACGAUCUAGAUCGCGUUCUAGAUCAACGUCAAGAUCAAGACCAAGGAUGAGAUCGCGGUCAAGAAGCAGAUCUCCGUCGGAUUUAAGAUCGAGAGCGCGAUCAAUCUCUAUGUCAAGAUUGAGAAGCCCAGAACGUGGAUUGAGAAUGUCUGAAUUGCGAUCUUCCAGAUCUCCCUCGCCUGGAAGGAGUAGACUGAACGAAAUAGGAAGGGAAAGGAAGGACAAGGACGAAAACAGAAAGCUUAAUGUUUGUAGUGAAAGGGGUAGACGUAUAGAAACUAUAGUUCAGUCGGGAGUUGCACAAGGAACGAACAUUUUAGACUCAGAGAUGGGUAUUAGUGGCAAUAUGGACGCAACAAAUUUCCAAUAUCUAAAUGAGAUUGAAGGUGGAAAUGAAUAUUAUUAUACAGAGAAUAAUUUAACUUAUCCUCCUUGUAUAGAUGAAUCAACCACCAGUUCUCCGAAACGCUUAUCGCUUGAUGAUAGGUUAGAAUUAGAAUUAGGUAUUAAGAAACAACAUAACAAGGAUUCCACUGGAAUAUCUUCAGAUUAUUCUUCUAACUUCAAUCCCAAUGUUAUUGCGUAUCCGUCUCCUCCCCAACAACAGCAACAGCAAGUGAUGUACAGACAACAGCCUACUGUUUUACAAGUUGGGAAUGUUUUGCAAGUGGUUCCUGCCGACUUCAAUGGAGUGCAAUCAUUACGACGAGAAGUACCUGCAGCCUGUACGACUCCGCCUGUGCGGCCCGGAUCCAGCCAAGUGGUACGCGUAGGUAAUGUUCUUCAAGUAGUUCCCACGUCGUUAGACUGGAGUGGCCAAUCGACGACUGCAGAUCAAUCGAAUGGACUUUUGUAUUCCUCAACAGUGCCGGCACCUUCGCCAUCUUCAGUUCCCAUGUCCGUACCUGUACCUGUUCCAGUUCCAUUGCCUGUUCCGCCUACCGGAAACACUCUCACUCCUAUUGCGACUGUCGCACCCGCUGCUCCACUGCAGCUAUCAUUGCCAAUACCUGUUCCCGUCCCGGUUCCAAUCCCUCCUGCGACAGCAACAGUGUUUCCGAGAAAUGAAAUUCAGUCGCAAAAAAUAGUUCAACCAGUGUAUAAUUACGAAGCUAUACUUGAGACACGCCGCAAGGAGCGAGAGGAGCGUAAAAGAUUACGUGAGUUACGUAGGAAAGAAAAGGAACGCAAAAGAAUAGAGCGGAUUAAUCGACGAGCUCUGCGAUUACUGGAAAAGAACAAUACAUCGCAACCAGUAAGUGAGAUCUUGUUAGAUCGUCGUAAGGGUUCUGUUGUGGAUCCAUCGGUUUUGAAAGCGUUGAAAGAGGGAGAAGAACAAGCCGAAACUGAAUCCCCAUCCCAGACUAUUUCUACAAAAGAGGAAGAGGAGGAAGCAGCAGUAGCAGUAGCAGCAGCAGCAGCAGCAGCAUCAUCUAUAAAGGAGGAAGACGAAGACGCUGCCGCAGACGAAGACGAAGAUGAUGAUGAAGAUGAAGUCGAAGCCGAAGCGGAAGAUGAUGAGGAAGAAGAAGAAGAAGUGGAGGAUGAGGAUGAAGAUGAUAAUGAUGAUGACGAAAAAUCAUCGCAAAUAAUUAAUCAACGUAUCGAAGUUGAUGAAGCUACAAUGUCCGCUGACAUGAAUAAAGAUCAAGCAGAAAUUGAAACUACAAAAGAAUGGCCAGAGUUACCACCUCCUCCAUUAAAAGGCAUUUUGAUUGCACCAGGAUUUAGAAGAGAUUCAAUUCCCAAUGGCAAUUUGGAUGAUUUAUCGGAUGUAAAUGACGAUAUCAAGGACAAUAGCGACAAAGAAGAGGAGACGGAUAAGAAUAAUGAAUGUAACAAAGACGUGGGACCUGAUGCUAAAUUUAGUAAAUCAGCAAAACUACUGAAAAAGACAAACAGAAACAAAAAAUCAGUUCAGUUUGCUGAUGGCAUAAAACCUGGUGAAGGCACGAGUCCCAGCGGCGGCGAAGGCGACAUGCCCUCACCACCACCUCCCAAAAGAAUAGAUUUGCGUGAAGGACUCAAGGAUUUAAGAAGAGACAAAAUUUAUUCACGGAAGAAUAGAAAGCAGGAGAAAAGAGCGAGAUUACCAAAGACGAAGAAGAAAGUCAAGGUGAAGAUAAUUAAGUUGAAAAAACCGCGCGUUACUCCAUUGACAGCCAUGAUGAUGGACGACUCUGACGAAAUGGAUGAUCGUUCGCCACCUCCACCGCCUCCUGGUUCUCCACCGCCGCCACAUCUGUGGCCUAGCUAUCUAUCCGUUUACAAUACAACGGUUCGAACAGUCGAACAACUACACACUAUAACUCCUACUUUGACAACUGUUCAAACUCCACCACCGCCGACUCCAUUGCCUCUUCUGGUCCCGCCUCCUCCAUUAAAUUAUACCAUCCAACCUUGCAAUAAAGCUUAAAAUAACACUAA